AUGGUGCAGGUGGGAUACGAAGAAGGAGAGAAGUGCACUUCCAGGAUAUCAUCUGUGCUGCAAUUCCCGCAUGCACAUCAGUCCUACAAAUGCAUAUGUGGCUUGCUACACGUUAAACCUGCAACGAGAACAAUUGGCGCAGUUACAGUGUUUCUCAUUUCCAUGAAUUUCUUCUGGGCCAUUUUAACUUAUUCUGAUACAAAAGAUGUCUCAGUAGGCUCAGCUAUACUUUACAGCACUUAUGUGCUAGCAGUUAUUGUGUCAACAUUUGCAUUAUUCCUUGGAGUGAGCAGAAAACGGUACAAACUUCUUCUACCGUUUAUUUUUAUUCAGAUAAUGACAGCAUUGGCUUCAAUAGUGUUUCUCAUUAUUGUCAUAAUAUUUGCUGUAUGCAAUACAUGGCAUCUCAUCCAUCCACAUGUCAGAUUACUGUUGGAGGAUUCAACAAAUCAAAAUCAACCAAAAGAGCUAUUAAUAUGCUUUCUGGCUGUUCAUAUUUUACUCUCUCUAUGGUCAACUCGUAUAGUAUGCACAUGCUAUCGAUAUUUCGAUGAACUUGAAAACUUUUAUAAGUUACAUGUUUUUAUCUGA